CCUGAUUUUCCAGGACUUUAUGAUACGGUUCAACAAAACCUACGGGAGCCAAGAAGAGAGAGACCAUCGCUUCCAAGUCUUCACGCAAAACCUGAAAGUGAGCUGUGCGUUACAGGCCUCAGAGCUGGGGACGGCCCAAUAUGGGGUCACUUUGUUCAGUGACCUGACAGAGAGUGAGUUUGAGAAGAUGUUUGGUAUUCCUCAUCACCCUUCUCACCCCCCUACACUGAAGAAGUCAGCGAAACCCCCCAAGGGUGCAAAGUCCUGUGACUGGAGAAAAUUUGGAGCUAUCACAGCGGUAAAAAACCAGGGUUCCUGUAAAUCAUGCUGGGCUUUUGCUGCUGUAUCCAACAUUGAGGCCUUGUGGAACAUCCAUCUGCAUUUGCCACGGAACGUCUCUGUACAGGGUGGGCUGACAGAAGAUAAACGCUAUCCUUACGUGGCCGAACAGCAGAAGUGCAGAAAGGACCGAGGAAAAGCUGUCGCCUGGAUCCAGGACUAUGAAUUCCUGCCCAGGGAUGAGAAACACAUGGCCCAAGUCGUGGCUUCCCGAGGUCCUGUAACGUCUCUCAUCAAUCUCAAAGGGCUUCAGCAUUACCAAAAAGGCAUUCUCCAGAGACCUUCUCAGGAUUGCAACCCCCAACAUCUGGACCAUGCUGUGCUCAUUGUGGGUUAUGGUGGAGUCAAACCAAGGCGGGGGUCCUGGUCUGCACCGUACUGGACCAUCCAGAACUCAUGGGGAGAGGCCUGGGGAGAAAAGGGGUAUUUUCGGCUGCACCGAGGAAGCAACACUUGCGGCAUUGCCCAGUACCCAGUGACUGCAAUUGUCAAGAAUUCUGGGAAGAAAAUGCCUGUCUCGUGCCCUCCUUGAUGGCAGAACUGUGUAAGAAAAAGGAAUCUCUCCAGCUCUGCAGGCUGGAGCUAACAGCUUCUCUACCAGCAGGCAUGUUACUAAGAACGAACGCCGCACGCUCUUAUCUCCUAACCACACUGUAGUCCAU